AUGGAAAGAUUGUCUUCAUUAAGUUCUUAAAUUACAAGUUUAGAAAAUUUUGUAAAGAUUGAAUCUAAGACAGCUUACAACGUUUUAUUAAUAUGCAAGCCAAACUAACCAUAGUCUUAUGAAAUAUUAGAAAAGAUAUUUUAGUCUAGUAAAGCUUAGAAUCUCUUAAUUAAAGUAUAUGUUGAGAAAGGGUUUAGCUAGGAGGACCCAUAAUUAUUCAACGAAAGAUAUUCAAGCGAUUGUGAUUUUUUUGAAACUGAAAGUUGUGAAUAGUAAAUUGACGUAGUAAUAACUUAUGGAGGUGACGGGACAAUAUUAUAUACAGUAAAUAAGUUUUAAAAGAGAACUACGCCUCCAAUUCUUGCAAUAUCUGGCGGAACUCUUGGUUUUAUGUGCAUUUAUUCUCUUUAAGAAGUAGAAAUUUAGCUUAAUAACUUAUUUCAACGCUUAAAAUAGAAAAUACCAAUUCCUAUAGAGAGAAAAAUGAGACUUUAGUUAGCAAAGUUUUCACCAGAAAAUGAGAUCACUGAAGUUAAACAUGCAAUUAAUGAGUUUGUUAUUGAGAGGGGAGCAUUGAGUGCUUGCUUAAGACUCUAGAUAUUCGUUGAAAAUAUACCUCUUACUGCUCUUUAAACUGAUGGGCUUAUUAUAAAUACUCCUACUGGUUCUACAGCAUAUUCUCUAAGUGCUGGAGGACCUAUUAUAUAUAAUGAUGUUAAGUGCAUGUCUGUUGUUCCUAUUUGUCCUCUUUCUUUAUCAUUUAGACCAUUACUCCUACACCCAAGUUAAAAUUUAAAAGUCAAAGUACACCCAGAGAGUAGAAAUGAAGCAAAAGUAGUAGGAGAUGGUUAAUUCACAAUUUAGCUGCUAAAAAAUGAAGAAAUAGUUAUAACUAGUUCGAAUUUCGAUGUUCUUUUAAUAAAUGAUCAAAAGAAUGAACUGAAUCUUUAACAGUAUAUAGUAAAAUUAAAAAAAAUGCUUAGAUGGAGCUCAAAAUUUAAACCAAACUUUAAGAGCUGA